ACUGGGUCCCAAAUCCGCGCCGUGGAGACUCCUGUGUACCAUUUCUACCUGCAGAACAACGAUGGGACGCCCGUCCUCGGCCCUGAGGCGUCGUCAGGGUACUUCACGAUCGGGAACACCAUCUCGCUCAACAACGCAGACGGGAGCAAACUCUACCUCAACCUGAACGAGACCGUUUCCACCUCGUACAUACCGCUCACCCUCGACGCGGUUGCGACGACGACCGACUGGGCCCUCGAGGGAGACACGAUCAUCACGACCGACCCGCGGGAGCUUAAUUUCCUCGCGUGCGCCACGAGUGACUCGAACUACUACGACGUAUACCUCCAAACCGGGAACGACACACCCACGGGUAGCUCCUGCUCGGCGGCGACUUUGCACUUGCCGUGCCUGUGCUGA